UGUUAUUUGUUUUGUUAGCCACGUGUUUGUGUGAUACCAGUACCAUUUAUAGACCAGUGCAUUGAUACUGAAAACAAUAUGAAGCAAAAAAAUGAGUUGAAUGUAAUGGCUGCUAAAAAGAAGCAAAAAUCAACCAGGGCAAGUGGAAAGCUGAAAAUAAAGAAAAAUGUGAAGAUCAAAAGUAAAAAACUUAAACCUACCGGUGAAGAGCAUUUAGGAUCAAUGAGUGUGGACGACUUUUUCAGCAAAGGAAUCGUAGAGUCGGACGACAGCGAUGCGGAGGUUCCGGAAGGUGUAAACUACGAAGAGAAAAGUCUCAAAGAAGGUAAUUGUGAUGAAGUAGAUGGCGCCUCCGAAAGUGACUUGCACAAGAAGUCGCUCGCCAAGCUGCAGAACACCGACCCAGAAUUCUACAAUUUCCUGAAAGCCAACGACGAGAAGCUGCUGCAGUUCGAGUUGUCCGGCAGCGAGUCGGGUGCGGAGGAGAGCGGCGGGGAGGGGGGGGGCGUCCACCGGCCACCCGACAGCCUGGAAGUGGCCAGCGACGACAGCGAGAACGAGGCGGAAGCCGGCGGCUCGCGGCACGUCACGCUGAGGACGGUCAAGUCCUGGCGGGAGGACCUCCAGACGGACAAGACUCCCGCGGCCAUCCGCACCGUGGUGAAGGCCUUCCACGCGGCGCUGCGCAGGGUGUCUGCCGAGGAGGAGGGCGAGUCCGGCGAGCUCAGAGUGGACGACAGCUCGGUGUUCAACGCGGUGAUCCAACUGUGCGUCCUGGACCUGCAACCGGCCAUCAAGAGGUUCCUGAGAAUCUCGGCAGGGAUGGGUCACGUGCAACCGAGCAAAUGCAAGAAGUGGGUGAAGAUCAAGGUGGCUGUGAGGGCGUACUUGAUUGACCUGUUGAAGCUUCUCGGCAACGUCACCUCACCUCACAUUCUGGUCGUUCUUCUCAAACACUUGCACCAGAUGAUCCCCUUUCUGCUCUGCGGUACGAACUCGCCGAAACCCUACCUGAGGAAGUUGGUCGAAUUUUGGUCGACCGGCGAAGAGACGGUGCGUGUCGUCGCUUUCCUGUGCAUCUUGCGACUGUCGACCAGCCGCAGUGCGGACCUGUUGCCGCAGGUUCUGAAGAAGAUGUACAUCGCGUACAUGAACAACUGCAAGUUUGUGUCUCCCAACACGAUGUCCGCCGUCAACUUCAUGCGGCGGUCCCUCGUGGAAAUCUACGCGCUCGACGAGUCCGCGUCUUACCAGCACGUGUUCCUGUACAUUCGCCAGCUGGCCAUCCACUUGAGAAACGCCAUCACCCUCCAGAAGAAGGAGCACCAACAAGCAGUGUACAACUGGCAGUUCAUCCAUUCUCUCCACCUGUGGGCGGAACUGCUCGGGGCAUCGGCCAACAGACCCCAGCUUCAGCCUCUGCUGUACCCCCUGGUGCAGAUCAUCGUCGGGACGCUGAAGCUCAUCCCGACGGCUCAGCACUUCCCUCUGAGGUUCCACUGCGUGCAAAUGCUCAUUCAGCUCACCAAAACGAACGGCGUGUUCGUGCCGGUCCUUCCGUUCCUGCUGGAAGUGCUGAACUCUUACGACUUCGCGAAGCGCCACAAGAAGGUGUCGAUGAAGCCCUUGGACCUCACCUGCUUGCUGCGAGUGUCCAAGUCUCAGAUCCAGGAAAACGGCUUCAAAGAUGCCCUCAUCGAAAAAAUCUACCUGCAGAUUCUCGAGUACUUGGCGAUCGAAGCCCAUCGCAUCAGCUUCCCGGACUUGGUGAUACCUGCCGUGAUGCAGCUGAAGAAGUUCGUCAAGACGUGCAAAGUCCCCAACUACACCAAGAAGAUGAAACAGUUGCUCGACAAGAUAGAGGAGAACUCUCGUUUCGUCGAAAACGAGAGGAGAAAAAUCUCGUUUUCUUUAACCGACAAGAAAGCCAUAGAUGCGUGGGAAGCGACGUUGCGUGAGAAAGGAGUGCCCUUGCUCACGUACUACAACUCCUGGUUCAAGAUCCACGUGCAGCAGAUGGCGAAGAGAGCCACGGACAACGACAAACUGGGCGAGUUCAACAUCCCGGUGCUGAAGAAGUUCCAGAAGAAGAGAGACGUGGAGGCGGAGCGCGAUGGACCGGUGGAGCUGUUCCCUUCCGACGAGUCGGGAGACGACGCGCCCGCCCGCCUCGCACCGAGCACCGCGAAGCUCGAGAAAACCAGGAACAAAAAGGAAGUGGUGAAGGAGUUGCAACACGAGGAGACAGACGUUGAAGUUAAGGCAGACGAUGAGCUUGCUGAGGAUAUUAUUGAAGAUUUUACGCUAUCAGAUCUAGAGUGAGCCUUGCAAACUUCUUGGUUGGUUCUUGAAUUUAAAUUUAAGUGAGCAUUAAGCAGCAUUGAUGAGAAUAAAAUAUUAAAGAAAUAAGGAAAGUGUUACAUUAUGAAGAUGCAAAAUAUCAUAAACACUUACGAUGUCAGUGUUUUGAUCUAAUGUUGAUUAAACCUAAUUUAUACAUCAUGCUGGCAUUUGUAUUGUUAUCUUCCUGUAUUCAUUAAAAAAUGAAUUGAAAAAUGAAUUUUAGUAGAGAUUCAGUGCUCAUGAACCAAGUCAAGCCAGCAACUUUGAGUCUGGUCUCCCAGGCAGAUGAGAGACAUGUGCAAGGUGUUAGCUGCUGCUGCUUCUUCACUCGCUUGGUUUUUAUUGGCCAGUAUACAUCUUUGUGCUGGUCUCGUUCAAGUGCCGGGCCACGGUGGUGGAUUUGUCGGAAGUCGGAACACGUGCCACUCCUGACCAGAUCACACUCGCCAUUGUUUGCAAGUUAGAAACCAGGGUUUAUACAAACUAACAACUGGUAAACCAAGACUAUUUCUAAACCUUAUAAUUAAAUUACCUUACAACUUUUUUUAUUGUAGGUAGUGACAAGAUUAUUGGUUCUAGUUUUGGUCCAAUUUCGUUUUUAAAUCAUGAUUUUGGUGAUAUUGUUUUUUUAUUUUGAUAAAAGCUAUUUUGUAAGACUUAUUUCACCAAAAUAGGGGUAAAAUUUCUAUGCUGCAUUUUUACGGUAGAAUAAUUUUUAAUGUAUCUAAAACAGUUACAUUUGAUUCAUGCACCAUGGUAAGAUUUUUUGUCUGGAAAUAGACGUUCUUUGGUUUUGAAACA